AUAAACAUACAAAUAAAAGUAAAAAUAACUACGCACGGGAACAGCGACGAAAAAGAAGCAGGGAGUACCCCGGUCUCUUGUGCGUAUGUUAGUGGAUUUGUGUGUGCAGCCGAGAACGAUCAAAUGCGCCACAGAAUCGAAUGUGAUGAAUGAAGAAGAGUAGAAAGGGAGAAAACCAUACGCAUAUUUUCGGAAGAAAAAGAAACCGCUUGAGUGAGGAGUUCCAGGCGGGGCUGCUAGGGUUGCGGAAAGCAACCCGGGAGGCCAAAAUGGUCUCGUGUUGUCGAGCCGUGUUAUUAAAGUGAAUUUUUUCUUCUUUCCCUUAUUUUCUAGAUCAGUGAAACGAAACAAAUGUAAAACCGUUUUUAAGUUGUUAAAAUUUGUAGAGAUGCUUAAUGGUGAAUACAAAAAAUAAUACCGAGUGAUUGUUGGCAAAGGUAAUAAAAAACGAAAAGUGAAACAGUGAGAGAUAAAGAAAAGUUAAUUGUAAAGUUGAAUUGUAACAACAACAACAAAAAACUGCUUAUCGCAAACCCCUCGCAAAACCAAACCGGAUUCAUUGAUGCGUGUGCAGUAAAAUGGCCUCAUCUCCUACGCCAUCGCUAGAAUCGUUACCCGGUGCAUCAAACUCGAUUGGAUCGUACGGUGAACCUGCAGAUUAUCUUUCCGAUUCGCCCUUGACCACACUGAGCGGUUCUGGAACCGGAUCUUCUCCCCCUGCCAGUGAUAGCGCCAUCUGUGACGACUACGUGACCGCGUCCAGCCUCGAGUCGGCCCAGUCAAACAGUUCUGAGUCAUUGUUUCCCCGGUGCACCGGCUGCAAAAGUAAACAGUCGGAUGCAGUAGCCAAGUGCAUCGAUUGCGUGAACUUCCUCUGCUCCAACUGUGUCACCGCACAUCAGUUUAUGCACUGCUUCGACGGACAUUCCGUGUUUCGUAUUGGAAAUUCGAGUUCCAGCACAGGUUCAACGACCGGCACUACGACAACGAUCGCGAACGGAGGAGUUUUGGGCGGCCUAGAGGGCAGUUUGCUAGCUAACAACAUACUGAAUAGCAGUAAAAUGAUGAAUGGUUUCGAAUCGGCCCCACAUCGAUUGACCUCGCUAAAUCUCACCAUCAAGGACGACACCAGCAGUCUGGUAAAGUCCAUUAUGAAUAAUGUGAUAACACCACCGACAUCUAACGGAACAGGGGGAGGAGGUGGAGGCGGAGGAAACUUGCCCAUAACGACCGUCAAUCAGCUCAACAGCCAAUUAUCGGCACUAAACUUCAACGGUGUUGAAAUGAACAGCCAGAAUAAGCCCAACUAUUUCUGCAAACGUCACACCAGCGAACUUCUCAAAUUUUUCUGCCGCACGUGCAGUGUCCCAGUUUGCAAGGACUGCAUGCUGAUGGAGCAUCCGAACGGAGUGCAUGAAUGUGAGCACAAUCCGGACUCGACUCCGAAACAGAUCGAAAACCUGCUGCACACCGUCAGCGAAGUUCGUGCCAAGGCAACGGAACUACGUGCGCUGAUCAAGAACGUAGAACACAACUCGCAGCGAAUUCAGGUGCAAUAUCACAAAGCUCAGAACGAAAUUACCGACACACAUCAAUUCUACCGCUCGAUGCUCGACGAGCGAAAGGCCGAACUAUUGAAGGAGCUGGAAAGUUUCUACAACACAAAGAACAUGUCCCAAUCGGUGCUACUAACUAAGAGCCAGGAUCAGGUCGACAAGGUACUGCAGAGCUGUGAGUUUGUUGAACGCCUUAGUAAAUGUGCCGGCCUAGCGGAGACAAUCAUGCUGCGAAAAUUCAUGGAAAACAAGCUAUUGCUCUUCCCGAGCAUCACGCAAGAUCUGCAGUCAUCCUACGAACUCGAUUUUGUAUCAAACUACCAGGCAAUCCAAGUAGGCGUACGAAACACCUUUGGAUACAUACGAUCGACCUCGGACAUGACCUCGACCACAAAACAACCGCCUAUAGCGCGGCCUACUUCAACUAAUAACACCAUCAACGGUUCGAACGGAGUAAUCGGCUCUAACCUGAUCAUGACCAAUGGCAACAGCCCGUCCAGCAGUACCGGUAGUCUUAAUCUGAUCCACCAUCAGAAUCCACUGAUGGUAAACGGUGGCAACAGUAGUCACUUGAUCGAUCGACCUUUCCCCACCAACAAUGGCAACACCGGAAACGGUAUGAAUAUGUCCACAUCGCCAUCGCAAAGCUCAGGUGUCGGAGGUGGCGGCAGUGGAGGUUUGUCCUCAUUCGACUCCAAUAUCAUCUCCAAACGAUUCAACAGCGCCAACAGUCUGGGACCAUUUGUCGGUGAAGUUCAACCGCUCCAGCCACUGAAUCCGUACGAGAAGUGGAGCAACGGUGGAACGGACAUCUUCAACAACAUUAACGACCAGUACACCAUUCCUCUGAAUCACAUCCCGCAAGAAUCGAUGAUCGAUCUCAGCUCUAAACUUAUGAACACGUCAAUUUUCCCACCGAAGUCGCAAAUCAAGCGGCAGAAAAUGAUUUACCACUGUAAAUUCGGUGAAUUCGGAGUUAUGGAGGGACAAUUCACUGAACCCAGCGGCGUGGCCGUGAAUGCUCAAAACGACAUCAUCGUGGCGGAUACGAACAACCAUCGGAUUCAAAUCUUCGAUAAGGAAGGCCGCUUCAAGUUUCAAUUUGGCGAAUGUGGCAAACGUGACGGACAGUUGCUGUACCCGAACCGAGUAGCGGUCGUUAGAACCUCCGGCGAUAUCAUCGUAACCGAGCGAUCUCCGACGCACCAAAUUCAAAUUUACAACCAAUACGGACAGUUUGUGCGGAAGUUUGGAGCCAACAUCUUACAGCAUCCCCGCGGCGUUACGGUAGACAGCAAAGGCCGUAUCGUGGUGGUGGAGUGCAAAGUAAUGCGAGUGAUCAUCUUUGACCAGUCCGGUAAUGUUCUGCAAAAAUUUGGCUGCAGUAAACAUUUGGAAUUCCCGAACGGAGUGGUAGUGAACGACAAACAGGAAAUCUUUAUCAGCGAUAACCGAGCGCACUGUGUCAAAGUUUUUAACUAUGAAGGCCAGUUCCUGCGACAGAUUGGUGGCGAAGGUAUCACUAACUACCCGAUCGGAGUGGGAAUCAACGCCAGCGGGGAGAUUCUUAUUGCGGACAAUCACAACAACUUCAAUUUGACCAUUUUCACCCAAGACGGUCAGCUGGUGUCGGCAUUGGAGAGCAAGGUCAAACAUGCCCAGUGCUUCGAUGUGGCUUUGAUGGACGAUGGCAGCGUGGUACUGGCGAGCAAGGACUACAGAUUGUACAUCUACCGAUACGUUCAAGUACCGCCGAUCGGAUUGUAAAGGGGCGAGGAUCUGCGCGACAAGCAACCGCGCGGAUCAAUCGAAUCCGAUAGAAACUCUUUCGUGAAAUUCAGGAAAAGUUUAACAUAUAUGAGACGCAGUGAAUGAACACAUGUAUAGAAAAGUCAGCAGAAAAAAAGUUUUCUUUGUCAAACGUUUCGAACUGAUGUGUGAGAUGAAGAGGUGCACCGCAGAAAAUAAAGAAAACUAAACACUCAGAACCAACUCUAGUCCUCGCCAUUAUCGUCGUUCCAGCAAAGGCCGUGCGUAUGCACGCGUUUAUGUGUGUGUGCGUAUGCGAUUCCGAUUACCACCGGAUUCGAAUCGCAACCCAAAACGAGCGAAAGGAAAAUCUCCAACUGAAAUACAGAUCUCUCUCUCUCUCCAUCUCAACCCAACGUGCGGACAAAGAGACGACGACCGGCGGCCGCGCAUCGCAGCAACGGCACACAUCACGAUCCAGAAAUGACCAAGAACGAAGACGAUGAACCCUGAGAACGUAUAUGUCUAUAGACACAGUGAAACGACGUAGUAAAGGAAGAGGGAGAGAGCGCGAACGUGAAACCGGAAGAACGAGAAAUGCUGUGGACGCUGCGAGGUCCAGUUAUGCGGCUAUCUCUUUCACUCGUUUGCUUACCGCGUAAGCAAUGAAGUUGGACCUUAAGCCUCUAGCAUGUAUGCAGAAUAACGCUGUGAGUGACACGCUUUCGCUGCUAACAACAACAGCAAAAUCAACAACAGCAAGAAGUAGAAAAAUGUGUGUUAUCAAUCUGAAAGCCAGCUGUUUACUACUGGCAGACUAAGGCGAUUGUCAAGUUCGUGUGUGGCGGUUAUGGCGACCGCGGCAGCGCGAGGAGCCAAGGUGCAACCUGGCGAGUACACAGAGACACUCGCACACCAAUCGAUGGGAACGAAGUCAAGUAAGAACUUUUUAGCACUCUCCUCCCCUGUUGAUAAGAGUUUGACGAUGUGAAACAACAUUGCAUUUCUCGCUCGCUAAUCGUGAGACUAAGUGAAGUAAGAAGUUAAAACAAACAUUAUAAAAGAUCAUGACACGUCAGUAGGAAGAAAAAUCCAUACUGUUUUCGUAGAUAUGACUAUGGAAGCAGAUAAAUCUUAGCAUGAUAUCUGAAGAGACGGGAGACGCUAGACCCGAAAGCGUUUCUGUUAGCAUGAAGAAACAGCAUGAUUAUCCAUUUUUAUUAAACUAAUGACUUAUUAUUAGCAAUUGAAUAAUGCAAAUCGAUUCGACUUUCUUACGACUGAACAAUUGUUAUUGCAAAUGGAUAUAAGCGAAAAUCUAGUACGAAGCAUUGAUUAUUAAGUGUAGACAAAUACACACACACACUCUGGACAGCCUCUGAAUAUAUCCUAGUCAGGACCGUCCGGUUGUAUAUGUUUAUACAUACCUACUUAUUUACUACAGUAACGAGCAUUAAGAAGAAAACGAUCAUCAGCGUGUUUUAUUAUCAGGGUACAUGUUCGUUCAUAACUAAGAUACAAACACACACACAUUUACUUUUAAGAUUACAACAACAACAAAAACGUAUGGGAUUACAUAUACACAUACAUACACAACUCGAACGUGUUAGUUAAGUCAUCGAUUACAUAUUUGAAUUUUUGUAUUUUUGUGAGACUAGUGUUUUUUGUUCGAAUCAGUUCUCAGUGCUUCUUUUUAAAUGCGCUAACUCAUAAGACUUGGAAAAAACGUUCCCUGUCAAUCGUGCCAGCUGGAGACCGCCAAAAAAUACCGCCCACACAAGACCAAAACUCACACCAACAAAUCGGUAAGGUUCGUUAUAAAUGAAAAUUACCACCGCGUGAAAAAAAAAAACACAAUAUCGGAGGACAAUUUCCAUUGGUAACGCGCCUUACAAUGUAGUGCGCGGUGGAGCCGUCUCUGUGGCAUGAUUCACAACCGACGUUUUUUCAAAUUUAAACGUAUUUAACUUCAAAUCUAUCUAAGUCGUCGCCGCCGUCGGACAGCGUAUGCCCUCGAACGCGAAAGUAAUCAUGUUUCUAUUACUUUACGUUGAUAUAUAUAAAUUUAUUAAACAUAUUCUCGCUAGGUCGAUAAGGGUACGAACAAGAAGAGAAAAAUAUGAAAAAUAAUCUAUUGUUUGAUUGGCGGAAGCACCCAAAAUUGAAACACAGCGCCAGGGCCGAAGAGGAAAAAACAAAAAUCGAAAAGAAAUUCAAUUAGGCGUUUAAUAUAUAUUUAAAAGAAAAUAUUUAGAUAAAUUGUUUAACUGUUUUGUAGCGUUUUACGAUAAACCAAAAUUUAAUUGCUAUGAGAAGGAACAAUCCACACGAGUAACAAUGAUCGCGCGCGCGCGUUAUUCGCAAUCGCUGAGAGCAAACGGAUACGAGAGUCCGAAUGUAACAUAAAUUAGAGUACCCACACCCAGUUCCAACUCAAUGCAGAACCGACCACAGCAAUUUGCGGUCCCAUUUUAACUAACGCAUUCGCGUGUUAUUUCCUAGGAAUUCCCGUUUCCUACUUAGAAAAAUAGUGAUUUAGUUAGAUAGUUUUUUUUCGAAUUCAAUCGUAAUUAUCAGUAACUUAUUCUAAUCAUUAUUUUCGUUUUCCUCCUCAAUGUGUGUGUGCGUUUUUUUCCUAUAUAUUUAUUUCUUAGCCGUUAGAUUUCGCCUCCUCCGAGCUUCAAACGUCGAACAAUCCCAGAUAAGAAGAAGCAGCAGAAGAAAAAUUCAAACAAAGCGAAAGUGAAAAAGCAAAAUCGAACGCGAGGAAACUGCCGGAAGCGGUCAAACUCCUCGAGAAUCCAUGUUGAAGUUCCCGCGCAAACUGUCAUAUUUGUGUUCAUAAACAUAGCAAAUCAAACAAAGAAACGAACAAACGAACCAACAAGCAAACAAUACACGAUAGAAACAGGAGAGAAUCUAUUGCUCUCUAGCUGCAUGUUGAAAGAAUUAGCGAACCAGGAAUAGAAGAUUAGUGAGAGGCAAAAGUAGCAAGAGGGAACGAGAGAAAGCGCGAACACUUUGUUUUCAAUGAAUUUACAGUGCAGUAUUACUGAUUUUUGUUUUUGUUUUUGCUCGUUUACACACAUAAAGUCUAGGAGGAAUCCAGCGAUCGAAUUGUACAUUUUUAACUAUUAAAAUUAUUAUUAUCGUAAUUAUUAUUACUACCUAUUAGGUUUUUUUUGUCUUCGCUGGUUUUUUUUCGCUAUUGAUUUUACAACAUUGUCGUAGUUGCGUGGUUUAGCUUUUUUCUUCUCAUCCCGAUGCAGGAGGGAAGAAAUCAUUAUCUGUAGAAAGUAUCUCGUUAAUGUGUAAGACUUCAGAACAGUUCGUCAUAUUCGUGUGUGUUUUUUUGCUUACUACUCACCUUUACCCUAGUAAAUAGUCGUCUCUUUUUAGUUAUCUCAUUUUUUAUUGUAUUUUUAUAUAUAAAUAUUAUUUUUGAUAUAUUAUUAUUGCAUUUAGAAAACGAUACAUUUUUAAAUUAAUAUUAUACACCUUUGUUGGUUAUGUUGAUUUUUGUUUUGUUAAAUUAUUACACGUAAGUUUUUGAGUUUAACGAGUUUUGACAAAAAAACCUAUACUUGUAAUUGUAAUAGUGGUAGUAGUAGUUGUAAAUUAGCUCGCUGCGAGAACAAAUAAAAAAAAAUGAAAAAACGCAGUUUAUGUAUAUUUUUUAAAGCAACGAAAUUUGAGCAAUUUGUGUAACCUAUAAGAGCCGAGAAUAUCAAUCGAAAUAGACACGCAUUUAAGCAGGGAGAAAGAAAGAGAGAGAGUGUGUGUACGGUAUGCUCAUUUUUCUCUCGUUUUAAGCAAAAGCAAAGAACUUAAAGACACUGAAAGAGAAGAAAAAUUUGUAAGACCACCAGAGCGAGAAGAGAAGGAAUUGUUGUGAAUCGCUCUAACAUGUUUUCGCUGUCAGUAAGGAAAAAAACUGCCAAACAGCUGGAAAGGGAUCACAAAAAAUUCUUUUUGACACAAACAAUUGUUUUAAUUUUUAUAGAAAUAAACUAGAAAGUUACUUACUUUUUUGAUUAUUUUUAAAUUAUAUAAUAUACGAUGAUUUAUUAACAAAACGAUUGAAAAAAAAAAACACAAAAAUAAAAGAAUGAGUUGUUUAGAUAAAUUUAAACAAUCUUUUUUAAUUGAACGAAAAAUUGGUUUUAUUUUAACACCAACACGCAAAACAUCCUUCACAAAUUACUAACUCAAAUUUCUUUACUCUAAAAAAAAUACGACUCGUACGACUUACUAACUCACUAACACUCAAAAACCCAAGUGCGGGCUACGACGAAAGAGAAUGCGUUCGCCGAGCGUGCGAAAGCUGCGCCACUGUUGCCAGCUGCCUUGUCUUUCGUCGUAGACUGUUUUUUUUUUCUUUCUUUUCAAUUCGCUCAUCGGUACUAACCAAGGGUCGUUUGUCUCCGCCACUUCGCUGCCGCUCGUCGGUCAAAUUUCGCUUCGGUUGCUUCGCGCGCUGCCAGCGAAUAAAUAUGUCACCGAGAAAUUGGAAAUGAUGUGAUCGCUGUUGUGUUGUUACUGAGCCAGCGCAGCGUCUAGAGCCGAAAGUUGCUGAGCAAACAAAAAGCAGAUGCUCCGAUGGGGCUCCAGUGGCCAUCGCGAAGACCAUAGGCAAGACGACCGCAGCCGGGUUCGGUAACAGCGGCGAAUUAGCCCUGUAAUAAGUAAUCGUCUCACGAUCGCCGCUCAUUUCGAUGAGUGGUACGAGUAAUAAUUGCCGGAGUUGAAUUUCGCUUCUUCAGCCUAGGUUUCUAGUGUUCGCUGUUCUGACUGAUUUUGGUCGCAAAAUGAAGUUAAAAAGUGUUUUAGCCUGCGACUCAUUUACGACUGUUUGUCGAGAAAGUUAUCGGAAUUUAUUUUGUACACCAUAAGAAAACCGUAAACAAUUUGGACAUGCUCGAAUCAAAACAAAUAAAAAUAUUUGACAGUGAAAUAACACUCUGCUAGGCGAUGCUAUCUGGUCUUUUUUAUGCACUAUAUUGCAGAGUUUUUUGCGUGCCAGUUUACUGGUGGGGAACUUUAGAACAAUCAAAUUUCUCUCCAGACACAAUUCUCGGACGAUUGCGUCCGUCCAGUCACCCCUCGUUAAGUGGUUCAAUUUCGCGGAAACCACGAGCACUUUUUCUGAGCCGCGGCUAGCACGGUAAUCACCAUCCGGCGCUGUCUCGUUCUGACGCAGGCACUAGCCGUUUGAGAAACAGUUAAACAGAGGAAGUCUGCGCCGGGUGAGGACGGCAGCAAAGUUAAUCCACGAGUGUAUCGUGCAGCAACUUAGUAGUUGUUGUAGUACACACCCAACGCGUCACGUCGCACUAUAUUGCCAGCCGCAGUCGGGUGCACUCUUCGUGUUGCCGGCCGAGCACCAAGUCGCUGCGUACGUGCGAUCGGUUAUAAGAUUAUAAUCCAAAUCCACACUUUUCUCGCAGUAAGGAAGCUCACACGCGGGGCGGAGAGGGGGUGUGAAAGUGUUUUCCAAAUGGUGGAAUGAUUUGCUCCGAAUCGUGAGGACGCGUGCAACGCGCCGUUCGAUGCGACUCGCGGACGCUCAACUAGAAGUGGAUUUUUAUUCAGACCCGAUGAUGUAAACAAUCUGAUUUAUUGCGCUGAUUGCUUAUACUUAUGGGGAAUAUGCCAGAAAAAUGGCAAUGGAGACGCAUCACGGAGCUACCAUGCGUCUCCAUUCAAGAAAAUCGCAUGGCAACCACGGUUGCAGUUGACUGGGGCUGGAAAGUCUUUUUGAAGAUUGCACAUGUGUUCAGCGGCUUUGCAUUUAUUGGAUUAGAAGAGCUCCGAGGAGUGCAGAUUUCCAUGGAAGAGAUUCUUGCGAGUCUCGAUUGGUGCGGUUGACCGCGUCGUGAGCGGAAGCACAAAUGCGUCCUCGUCGUCGUCUUCGUCAGAUGCUUAUUUUAAUUAGUAGUGAGUACUGAAUUAGGGCGUGUGCUCCGCUGUGAACCUUCUUUGCGGAAUGCUCGGGGGGUUCUGUCUUUCGUCAUCGGUUUAUUUCCAUCGUCGAAAUGCGCGCCCGCUCGUGGUGGAUGUGAAGAGUGCGAUUACAGUGAGAAACUUAUGACCGAUUAAGCGUGUGCUGGCUUUUUAGACGGCUAGCGCAGUAAUUGAACGGCAGUUACAACAACGUCGUAAAUUUAUUCGCCUUGCUGUGUCAGUGAAAAAAAUAGUACGAGUUUGAGAGAGAGGAAACAGUCAGGCAGCACCAGACACUCUAAAUAAUAGUCGUCGUUGGGUCUUGAUUGCUACUUGGCAGUUGAGUCCUCCAGGAAAACGAGGCUGAACCAAUUUACAAACUAGGACAGUGUUGCCAAACGCGUUUGUUUUAAUUACUAUGGAAGUAAGGUUUAAAUGCAUCAGCUGCUAAUCCGCUAGGUUCAAUGCGAAUCGCUCCUUUACGUGUCCUUGAAUUUUUUAGAAUGAUAGACUUUUUUCAAUACUUUAUCGGGUGUUUAACCUCAAUUUCACCUCAAAGUAAAUGAUAAAUCUAGCACAUUCUAAGUCGAACAAUUCGAGAAAAAAUCAUCCAACAAUGCAAACAAACGCUGGUUGGAUCGAACAGCAUUCCAUCUAGAAGACAGAUGAAAGCCUCAACAUCCGUCGUGUGAUCCGUCAUGUAGCCUUAGAAUACCAGCGGAUCAUAGCAGCCAUUAUUUGAAGAGACUGCCUACGCAUGAUUGUGACUCUGUAGCCUCCUCCUAUGCCCAUUAGUUCAGCUUACAUGCAUCCAAAACAUACAGGCAUAUUCAUCAAGAAGCGCAUUGUUCCCCAGCUUUCCGAUGUCGAAAGAAUUUCUCCCAUCCCUCGACUUCUCGUGUACUUUUUUCUUCGGGUUUGCUUUUCCGCAAAGAAUUUCAAUUUGUCUUCGGCUCGUCCGUUCGCUAUUCGAUUCGGCUUGCUUGAUUGAGCGAUGGAAUGUAGUCUACCGGAGGCGAGUAAUCUAGAAAAUAGUGCAGUCCGUCAGUCCAUGCUGGAACUGUUUGUUUUCACUUUUGCCGACUCUUUUUGUUGCCUCCUCUGUAUCAAUUUGAAGGGCAUCUUAAUAGUAAACAAGCUAAGAAAUUGCAGAUGUAAAAAGCAUUUACGUGGAGAGGUCAUUCACAUUUUAAGCAUUCACCCCAUGAAUUUUCCAUUAACUUUUGACUGCAACGAUGUCAUUAGAACCUUCUCAUGAUUGUGAAAACAACACCUUUUCAACUUUUAUACCUGGCUAAACGGGUAGGGAAUAAUGUUUCCGACACAUACUCCUAAUGGCUCCAGCCUAGCUCCCUACCUGCGACGGAUGCUGGAGAGAAUCUAGGUAUACAAAAUAAUAAAAAAGGGGUGUUCUUUCCUGAUACCCGUGCGUUGAAAUUCCAGCCAUGGUGUAACUGAUAUGGGACGUAUUAAAUCCGGUAACAAACAAAAACUACCUAAAAAUAAUACGCUUUCCGUUGUUUGCGUUGGCGAAAAUUGUCUUUUCAUCACGCACUGGUCUCCCGGUCAAAAUAAGUUGCGGUCGUCACCCGGCUGCAACGAAUCCCCUGUGAGCCCACGUAAUUAAGUAAACAAAUUGUCUGCAAACAUGGCGACCGUAGCCGAUUGUCCUCGCUGGUGACCCACAAAGGAUUAUUUGACAAAGGUGGUUGCGAAGGGUUAACACCGAUGACGUUACUUCUGUUGGCAGUACUGCCAUUUUUUCCACAAUAGCUAGCGCAUGUUUUUGUUAUUAUAUUUUUUAUUAUUUUUUUGAUUAGGUUCUACACAAAAUCCCGUUUGUCCUGUAAUUUGUGUUACAUACGUCAGUACCAUCAAUCGUUGCUCAGUGUCAACACUGCGAAACGGACGCGAAGAAAAAAGUUUAGUGAAAUUGUUACCAUCCAGAAAAAAAGCAACCCAAUUGGCAACGGAAAAAAAAUGAUUGACAAAUCACUUAAGAAAGAUAGAUUAUUUUUCAUUCGAUAGGUUGUGUAUCAGGAAACCCAACAUAAAAAAAACUAGUUUGUUCGUAGAAGAUCACACGCCGCCAAUGUAUUUAAUUGCGUGCAGGUCAAACCGUCAGAGAAGCCAUAUAUGUAUGUGUUUAUCACACAGCGCCGCCGUCAUUCAUCGGUCGCCGACCGCAGGAGGAAGGUAUCGGGAAUAACUAACACAAGACUGUCGUCCUUUCAUCUGUUUAGAGAUUUACCAUACAACUAUAUUGAAUACCCCCUAGUAGCAGCAGUAAUCUAAUGUGUUAAGCGUAGAUCAGUACUCGUCUUUGAAGUUUUUCCUUAAAAGUUUUCUAUCUCGUAAGCUAAGCAAAUUUCGACCGGAAACGGAGCCGUAGCAGCAAUUCAGUUGAGUAUCGAGUAACCAACAGAAAUCUAUGAUUAAUUGCUUAGUUAAACUUCGAAACCGAUGAACAAAAAAUCGAACGGAAAACAGUAAUUCAUUAUGUACUAAUCGUUUUUGGUUUCGGUAAAAUGUUGGACGAAUUAGAAGAAAAAAAAAGCAAAAUGAUAGCGAAGAAAAAACUCUAUUUUUCUACAACCUAUAUACAUUUCUUAUUCGAUCUAUGUAAUCCAACAAACACAAUCGGAGGCGACCAGAAUCGAAAACACAGAACAAACUCACACAUAAACAACAACGUCUUGUUUUUCGCAGUUUUUAUUAUCUACGGUUGGAAAAAAAGUGAAAAAUCAACAGUUUUACCAUAGUCUGUAAGAGUGACAACUAAGGGAACUAAACCAUUUUAGCGUGUAAAACCGAGUGUAAAUACCUUGUACAGAGUGAAAACAAAAAAUCAAUUGAAACAAGCAUGAGUUAGGAACUGCAAACAAUAAUA